GCGUUAAUGCAUAGAGCCUCUCUGAACAUGCUCGCUUCUUCUUCUAACGGUGGCCGCAAGAGGAAGGCGCCCGAAGGUCGUGAAAUGACGCACUCGCCGCCGCCACCGCGGCAUCAGAGGGCGGGAGCGUCGUCCCGGGCGCCGCCGCCACCGCCACCGCCGUCGUUGAACUUGCAGUUUCAUCUUGAUUGGCCAGAAGCGUCGUCGUCCCGGGCCCCGCCGCCCUGUUUUGACACCGUCCUUCGCUUAAGCGUCACGCCGCACGCGCCCCGCACGGAAGACGCUCCUCCGCUUCCUAACCUCCAUCUCCAUAAAGAUUUCAUCGAUCAAGCCCUCAAGCGUAAUAACGAUGGGGUAAGGGAAAUGCUAGAGGAAAUGUGCAAGCGGCAAUACGCGGCGGUGGUGACAGCGGCGGAGGAAAACGCGGCGAAGAAGCUGAAGGAGGCGGACGAAGAAAUAGUGGAAGUGAGGAGGAAGAACUGCGAACUGGAAUCCAUGCUUUCCAGUUACAGAACUCAAUCUAUGGCCAUGGCGGAGAGGCUCACGGCUCUUAAGGAAACCAACGCUGCUCUCAAUGCUGCCCUGCACGAGGCCACGCAUCGGAGGGACAGCGGCGGCGAUGAGGAGGCACAGUCGUCGUCGUUGGAGCCGGAUCAAGUGGUGGUGGUUAGAAUCAGUUGCAAAAUAUGCUGGAGAGGGCCUGCAACGAUGAUGGCAUGGCCGUGCCGCCAUCUUUGCCUGUGCAACAACUGUGCGAGAACAACCAAUCGUUGCCCCAUUUGCGAUGCUACAUUCCAAGAUUGCAUGGAAGUCAAAUUUUACUAA